AUGAAUUUAAGCAGCGUUUCUAAAAAUAUUGAACCACAGGAAUAUCGAAAGUUCCCUCUUAAAGAGCGCUGUACUCGCUUUGAAAGUGUGUAUGGAUCUAACAAUCUAAAUUUGUCGUAUAAUGUAAAUCAAAUUCAGAAAAACACAGUAAAGUCGAUUCGAGAAUGUUCAAUCUUAAAUUUGUACAACACCACUACCAAACUGUACAAGAAUAAAACUUCGAAGUUCGUUAAACCUGUUUUGGUAGUAACAGUUAUACCAAAACAUCCUACAAUACGAAUAUCAAAGGUGUUUAACAAACAGAAACAUUACAAGAAAGUUCAAAACACGUUUUCAAAUUACGAGAACUCUGUGCAAAACUUAAACUUAUAUUCUUCUAAAGGAAAAAGAAGACCAAAAGUUUCCAAAGUUAAAACUUCCGAAAGUGACAUUUUAUACAACAAACACAAUUCUAAAUAUGCAGAUAUAACUUUAGAUCUGCUUAAUAUGGAAAGGAACAAGCGAAAAUAUGUCAAAACCAAUCGUCUUAAAGAUAUUAAAAACAAAGAGUGCUUUUGUAAAGCAAAGGAGGAUUAUAAGUUAGAAGAUAAAAAUGCUCAAAAAAAUCGAGUUACAAUUGUUGGUCAACUAGGAUUGACACAAGAUGAACGUUACGUGUUAAAAUGCGCUGCUACAGUAAACGAUAAGCCUAUUCCAACAAAUUUUUCGCAAGUAUCUAAUAGUCCUGAUCGUCCAAAUAUGAAACAAGCUUUUGCAAAUGAGCAGGCAACACAAGCUACUCAAGUUAAUUUUAAUUUCUCACAUAACAAUCCUAAAAAAGCUUACAAAAAUCAAAUUGUGCAAUGCAACUGUACUGAAAGUAAAGUUGAAACAACAAUGUCUAGAACGAAUGUACUUAAAGAAUCUAAAAGUCCUUUGGUCGUUAUAUCUGUGUAUCCGAUUCAAGAUGAAACGGGUGAUAUCGAUACUAGUCCUGUUAAAAUUAUCCAACAUAAAAAUUUACAAGACAGAUAUAAAGUAAAAACGCAAUACAACAAUUUUAAAAACAAUGAAAAACAAAACAAUGGAAGAACUCUUUCAUCGAAUAAGAUGGUACGAACACGUAAUAGUAGAUCUCCAUCUCCAGUUAACAUAGCAAAGAAGGUAUCUACCAAAAGAACUGCAGGUACAAAUACGUUCGCCAUAAACACCAGGAAGCAGAGUCCUGGUCGUCAAGGAAAUAGGAGCAAGCUUCCUAGUAAGCCUGAUGAUUUGAAAAUAGACUUGUCUCAUACAGUAAAGCAACAAAGUGAUAAUUUAAAAAAUAAAAAAGCAAAAUUUGACGUAGAACACGUUAAAAAGGCAUUGGUUAGCAGUUUUAUAAAAAAUAUAGAAAAAAUAGAUAAAGAUGUAUCCAAAAGAAAGUUUAUAGCCCCCAAAGACGAUGCCUCUAAGGUAACAAUAAAUAUAGAGGGUGACAAUGAAAACUACGAUGUUAUGUUUGAACGAAGCGAAUUCGAUACCGGUGUAUCGGUUCGUAAAACGGCAAAAGUGAAUAAAAAAUAUAAAAGUAAUAAUGAAGCUGGCGUCUCUUCUAUGGAAAACUUUCUUAUGUUAUCCGAUGACGCAGUGGACCAACCAAAUUAUGUUCGAAAAAUUAUAACAACUCAGUCGAAGUUAAACGUACGAGAUAGUCUUGAGAUUAACCACAGGCGAGAGCGAGGAAGCUCAAGUCUUAAACCUAACAAUAAUGAAUUUAAAAAAUCGGGCAAAAAUGAUUCAAAUGUUUUUGCACAAGUAAAACACUUUCGAGGUGAUAAUUGUUCUUUAACCGACCCUAACGAUAGAGAUAGAGAAAUCAGAGAGCUCUUAGGAGUCAUUCGGGACAGCAGGAAGUCAAAAAUAUCUACAGAUGUCCAAGAUAAAGAUCGUUACUGCGUUAAAAAAUGUUCCAAGAGCAUAAUGACAGGACUUAGCAUUACAAACAUACUUCAAACAAAAAUCAACAAGAAUGGAAACAGUAAUGCCAAAGUCCAUAACCAAAAAUUAUUCUCGAAAGAAAAUUAUUUAAAUAAAUUUACAAAUGCAAACGAACUUACUUUAUUAAAUAAAUCUCCUAAUUCUCAUGAUAUAAAAGAUCCAAUCACAUCUCAAAAUCUGAUAUUAAAUCGUAAUAUUCAAGUAUUUUUACAAUUAGAGCAGUUUAACAAAUCCCGCCCAAUAAUUCUGAAUAGAAAACAAUAUAAUAAAGUAAAAAGAACAAUACAAUGCACUAUAUCAAAGAAACUUAGCGUUGACAAGAAUUACAGAAAUGGUAGAAAUCACAGUAUAGUUUCUAUUGGAGAGAUAAAGGCCAGGUCAAAACAUCUACCGUUGCAUUUUGAUCGUGAAGUACAAACAGAAAGAACGGAAAUUAAAAGAAUCUUAAGAAAUAGUAAGAAGCGCAGAUCUGUUCAAACUAGAGAAAAUAAUAAGAGUGGAAACAAAAUAAAUGCCGCAAAAUCCAUAAAUGAUGCCUCGAUUGACAUUUAUAGAGGUGGUAAAGAAAAAUAUUUUGUAGAAAACAAUAAGUUUCGUAAGGUUGUAUCUUCAAUAGAGAUACGUUACACCAGUGUUGAAUACAUGAAACAUACUACCACGUCCUCUGCACAUGUCGCAGAAAAUGAACGCAAAUCUUUUCAUCGCAUUAGGCAAGAUAAUUCUAUUCACACAAUUUUUAAAGGAUAUCGAAGAUCUGUAACGCCCAAUCUUGGCACUUCGGCAUUUUCUUUAGAUUCUGAUAGAACAGAUUCUAACAAUUCUAUCAGACCGUCUGGCGCCGGUGAUUUUAAAGCUAAGAAACCUUUUUUACGGAGGCUAAUAUCAUGCUUAGUGAUGCGAUCACCUCCAGAUUCAGCGUUCAAACGUACACUUCCAUUACAAGGACGCGCUUUAGAAAUGUCUUCGUCCCUUUAUGAUACGUCGGCAUCUUUCUACAGCAAUCACGCCACAUUCCCAAUAAAUAAAAUGAAAAGAGGUUUUUUUACGUCUGUACGAGAAUUCCUUACGAGUCGAAGAACU